ACGGCUUCCCUUCUUGACUUCUCCUCCCACCUAUCUCUGAUUCUCCCUCACCACGGCUUCCCCUCUUGACUUCUCCCACCUAUCUCUGAUUCUCCCUCACCACAGGCACCGGCGAUCCCUGUGCCACCAUUCCGUUUCUUCCGACCCCUGUGCCACCAGAUAUAAAACCUCUGGUGUUCAAACGAUUUAUUCCAGAGAGUUUGAGGAGCAUGUGAAUCGAUGCGAUGAUCUUAGGGGCGUCCGUUUGCUACUAGUCUCGAUCUGAAGGGUAGCACGCAAUCUUGGCAGAAGGUUAAGCCCCAAAGCCUUGCCGCGCGCCGCCCUUCCCUUCCCUCCCAGGCCACCGCCGCCGCCGCCGCCCCACUUGGCCACCGCCAUGUCGACCGACCCGGCGUCCACCACGUCAGCCAUCGUCGCAACCACGGCGUUUGGGUCGCACGUCCUGAAGAUCGACGGCUAUUCACGCACCAAGGGCCUCGCCACCGGCGUCCACCUCAGGUCCUGCUCCUUCCCCGUGGGGGGCCACUCCUGGCACCUCGCCUACCUCCCCAACGGAGACUGCGCCGAGCGGGCGGACUACAUCUCCCUCUUCCUCGUCCUCGACGAUGCCUGUGCCGCUGGCGGCCCAGUGCUCGCGCAGUUCACGAUUAGCUUGCUCGACCGCGCUGGCAAGCCCGUGCCAUCCCACACCAAGACGACCAAGAUGAACCAGUUUGUCAGCCCCGGCGCACACUGGGGGUUCACCAGCUUCAUCAAGAGGGAUGCGCUUGACAAGUCAAGGCACCUGAAGGAUGACUGCUUCUCCGUCAGGUGCGACAUCUCGGUCGUCACGGAGUUCCGCGCCGAGGACGCUGCGUCCGCGGCCUCUGGUACCGCCGCCGUCGCCGCAACUGCUGCGCUCAUCGUGGUGCCGCCGCCGGACUUGCCGCGGCACCUAGGCAACCUCCUGGUGAGCGAGCAGGGGGCCGACGUGCAGUUCCGAGUCGACGGGGAGGACUUCGCCGCGCACCGGUGCGUGCUCGCUGUGCGGUCGCCCGUGUUCCAGGCUGAGUUGUUCGGCGCGAUGAAGGAAGGCGCUGGGACGCACUGCGUGGAGAUUGAGGACAUGAGGGCUGACGUGUUCAGGAACCUGCUGCAUUUCAUAUACACCGACUCGCUGCCGGAGUGGAAGGCCGGGCGCGAGGAAGAGGCCUUGAUGGCACAACACUUGCUUGUGGCCGCGGACAGGUACGGCAUGGAGAGGCUCAAGAUUAUCUGCGAGGAAACGCUGUGCCGGCACAUCGAUGUGAGCACGGCGGCGACCACUUUAGCGCUUGCUGAGCAACACCGUUGCCAUGGGCUCAAGGAUGCUUGCGUCGAGUUUCUCAAGACCCCUGGGGCGCUGAAUGCUGUCAUGGCAACCGAUGGUUUUGAUCAUCUGACCAUUAGCUGCCCCUACCUUAUCAAGGAGUUGAUGUCCAAGCUUGCUGCACGUUGACCUGGGAGAAGAAGAUUAGGGACAUGUUCGACAUGGCCUGGGGUUUCACCCUUUCAGGUUUAAGUAAUGGGAAAUGCAACUGUCCAGGAAGAUAAUUAGUUAGUGGCUUUUCUAUCAAAAACUCUCUCCAGCCACAAAAGUUACUGUUCUGGGAUAUGUGCGGCUAAUCUUUUUAAACUCUAAAAAUUGAGAUAUCUCUAUCAAUGUUUAGAUUGGACACAUGGAAGU